GCGAGGCGGCGGUCGAAUUACAGCAGGUGAACAAGGUAACGAGUGAUAAUUUUGCGGUCACGUUAUCGUAAACGGGAUUACGCGACGCGACGGUUCCGCGCGAUUUAUCAUUCAAACCGAAAUUAACCUCUUGCUCGAUCAAAUCGCACCUCCUCCUUAAGGUUCGCCGGUCUUCAGGGUUCGACUUAUCGCUCAUCGGAAGAAUAUUUUGAUUUUUUUUGUACUAGCGAUGACUGUGGGUAUUUCUAAAGGACAAGAAAAUACCAUUGUUAUUAUUAUUAGUUAAAUGUACGAAGGUUGUUUUGAAUGUUUUAUGUGGUAAAUAAUUAUCGUCGGUGUGUCGGUGGAAAAAGACGCGCGGAUGUCGCAAAAGUGGUUGUUGAUUUGAAAAGAUUUUUUAUUUGUGAACGUGAAGUGAAUUUUUUGGCUAAAGAGGAUGAAGGAAGUUUGGGAUAAAACGGAUCAGCCCCGGGUUAGCAAAGGAACACCAGUCGCACGUAAAUGGAGUUUUACCGACCCACUACGCAAACCAAAAGGGCUCUCCUACUCGCCCUCUUUACGAGCCAUAAGGAACUACAACGACCUCCCGAUUGAUAAUGAUGACAACCCUAAAGAACCGACGGACCAAGGGCUCGAUAAUCCAGCUUUCGAAUCCGAAUAUAAAUAUGAGUAUUACGUGGAUCCUCGAUACAAUUUUGUUACUAGUAGCAUAUCAAAAAUUCCUGAUUAUGACUAUCCGAGUCUCAGCACUAGAUCCAUGAAAACAUCACAUUCUGGAGGAUCCGAUGUUCUUUCCAUUCAUUCGAACCAUGCCGAGGAAAUGGGGUCUUCUGUUAAGUUAGUAACCGAGAAAGUUGAGAGGUCUUGCAAGACAUGGUGCAUCCACGUUUCAACCAUAAUGUGCACUAUCUCAAUGGCAGCUGGUCUGGGUAAUCUGUACAGAUUGCCCCAGACAACUGUAGUGCGAGGCGGGCUACCAUUCCUAGUGGCCUAUGCCAUUUUAUCUGUGAUUAUUGGCCUUCCACUGCUAUUCUUAGAGCUGGGAAUUGGCCAAAUGGCCGAAGAAGGUUUUAUAAAGAGCUGGAGGGCUGUACCGUUUUUUAAGGGAAUAGGCUACGUAAAACUACUAGCAGGCUGUCUACUAAGUAUUUACUAUCCCUUGUAUAUCGGGAUGGCCCUGAUGUACUUUAUAUGGAUCCAAAAAGGCCCAGUUCCAUUUACGGAGUGUGCCAGUGGUGUGAUUAUCACCGAGAAUGGGUAUGUGACUGCUUCCAAAAAUGGACAGGAUUGUUUAAGUGAUACAUUUAUAAAAUCGCCCCUGGACGACCCUUACUAUUUUGGAAUUUACACGGCGCUACUGUUAUUUAUUUGGAUAAUAGUUGUUUUCUUAUCAAUAAGAAGAACGAAAAGCUAUAUUAGAGCAUUAUUAAUCCUAUUAUUUCCGACGAUGGCUUGCUAUGUAGCACUAACAACGAAAUCGAUAUUAUUUGAAGCCGAAAUGACGGUUUUAUAUAAAUUUUCAGAAAACGUCGAUUGGGGAGUUUUGAAAACAGCUGAGGUUUGGUAUUACGCGGCCAUCCAAGUUUUCUUCUCAACCAACGUUGGAUUUGGUUCUUUUAUUACCAAUGCAGGAAUAAUUUAUAACAAAGUCAAUCCUUUUUGGACUGCCUUGGGGUAUAUAGUAACUAAUCUUGUAUUUGGUACCGGUUCCAUAAUCGUAACGUCAAUCCUUACAACGAGUCAAAAUGUUACCAGCACUUCAGAAGUUGCCGAAGUGAAACUUUUCGCUUUAAUUUACGAUGCGAUGGUUAGUCAGGGUUCGGAUGAUUUUCGCUACUGGAUGAUCGCCACCUAUUUAUUGUUCGUGUUUUCAGGGUUUAUAAGCAUGGCAACCCUUUCCUACACCCUCCUAAAAGCUAUAUACGGCCACGAUGGGAUAAGGUUAAAAUGGUGGCAGACCAGCGUAGUUUUCAGCUUCACCGGAUUCGUAAUGAGUUGCCUUUUGCUCCUCAAAAAAGACUUCGAUUUGGUUCACCUGCUGGAUCAUUACAUCGUGGGAAAUUUGAUUAUGAUUUGUGUCAUUGCAGAAGUUGUAGCUUUUGUGGCAUUUUAUGGUACUAAUAGAAUCCAAUCAGAUUUUGAAUUUAUGCUCGGUCAUAUCCUCUCAAAAAUCUGGCUGGGUUUAUGGUGGUUCAUCCCAUUCCUUCUAACUGGCUUAUUUAUAUGGGCCCUAUCCACAAUGCAACUAAAUGGCAUCUACAGAGUAGACCCGGUAUGGCUAUAUGCCUUAGGGUGGUCAGUGCUACUAAUAGCUAUAAUUUUUAUUAUUGCAACGGGUAUUUUUAUAACGAGGCAACAUGAUGGUUAUACCAUUAUCGAUAAACUAAAAGCUUCACUGGAACCCUCUCACAACUGGGGUCCCAAAGACCCGAUGUUACGCUACAACUGGGUGCAAUGGAACAGCAAAUCCCAAUCGGGCGAACGUGAUUUUACACUUAAAAGACGUGGUACCAAAGAGUACACCAGAACCAUCCGAAAAAAAGCGAAAAAAGAGGCGAGCGAGCUGAGUGCUAAUAGCAUUCCCGGUGCUUAUUUUAAAAACGACAUGAAUGUUACUAUUAAUAACAACACUAUACCUAAUGGCGUGCCAUUGAAUGGUGGAAAUGACCAUAGUAGCGAAAAUGGGCACAGCAGAUUAAGCGAUGGCAGUCAUGUCAAUUAUUCACUGUAUUUUGUAAGCGGUGAUGGGAAGAGGAACGUUGAAAAUGGUGAUCCUUCAAAAUAUAAUAGAGAAUCUCCAAUGAUCGAUUCUCUAGAGCAUGAAAUAGUUCCAGUCACCAAACGUCACCACCACCACCAUCAUCAUCACCAUCACAGGAAAUCGAAGAACAAUAGAAAUAUAUUCCCGAACGAGCGAGAUAGAGAUGAACCGAGCCAACCUAUCAGACAUAGUGUACCGUUGAAUCAAACGAAAUAUGCGACAGAUGUUGCAAACGAUGAGAAUUCCGAGGGUUACGGCACCUUCAGAAAUAAAGGACCUUACAUUAUCGAUGGUGAUAUUGGACACGUGUGUCACAAAAAGUUUGUGAGUGAACAUGAGGCCGUCACAGUUUUGUGAAACAGUUAAAAAUUAGUUGUUAUUAUUUAUUUUUAUUCAGUCUUCUCACUUGGAAUAAUGGUAUAAAUAGUUUAGAGGUUGUUCUGUAAGAGUAUAACAUCAUGUAAAUUAUAUUUUGCCAUAAAAAUUUGUUGAUAGUUAAAAGUUUGCGAAUCACAUGUUAAAUAUUUCCUUAUCUUGUUAUACCUCUGUUUAAAUUUGCCUUGACUUGUUUACUGAACAAUCACCCAAUUAUAUAGUAUAACAAGAGGACAAAGUUUCACAACUAUGUUUUUACAUCUUGAAUUAUGUAACGUUUUUUGUGCCAAAAAAAUACAAAUUUUUUUUGAAAAACAAAAUUAUAUUGUGAUUAUAGUUACCAUAUAAAUAUGUUUAUUUUAGGAUGCACGGGGUUAUUUUUUAUAUUUGCAUUCAUCCUAUAUACAAAAAAGUUGAUUGGCUGACCGCUAAUGACGAAUAUAGUAAAACAUUUUGGGUAUACACAAUAUUUUUUUAAGUUAUGAUAAUCCUUGUAGCAAAUUUGGAAAAAUAACCUUGUAUAUAAUUAAACCUACAUUAAUAGU